AGCCUUUUGCAGAAUAGAACGUUACCGAGGAUUAUUAGAGCAAUGAGAGAAAUUGAUCUGUGCUUUGUUUCGUUUUUGGCCCUAAAUGAGCAAGAAAGAUUAAAAAAAUUAGAGCGCUGACAUGCUGUUGACUCUUUUAGUCGUUGGAACGGUCUUUUCAAUGGCAAAGUUCGAAUUUCUCCCCCCCAUGGAAUCGAAGAGCUUCCUCCUCCCACCGCCCAUGAGAUUUGAUUCUUCCAACGGAGUUCGAAAUUUUUUGAUUUUCAUCUCAAAUUAAAACUUAGUGGUAGCAACCCGCCAAAUAUUUGGUUAGCUGUUUGUUUUACAUGUACUUUCACAAAAGUCAAAAUUCAAAUAUUUUAAUAAAAAAUUAGAAAAUGGCCGAGUUGUGUAUCGCUGUUGGCACUGCUGUUGUUGGCAAAUGUGCUGAGAUCCUGGUUGAACCGCUUUUAAAGCCAAUCUGGAUCCGAAUCACGCGUGUGUUGAAGUCGGAGUCUAAUGUAAAGAGUCUGGAGGAAAAGGCAGGGAAGCUGGUUGAUGAAAGAAAGCAUGUGCUGCAAUUUACAGAAGCUGCUGGCCUAAGAGGGGAAGAGGCCGCACCGAAUGUCACGAAUUGGCUUUCAGGUGCAGAGAAGUACAUUGGAGAGAUAGAGAAGUACAUUGGAGAGAUGAAGAAGUUAGGGGAUGACGAAGACAAAGCAAAGAAGAAGUGCUUCGCUGGGUUGUGUCCUAAUCCCAGGGCCCGUUACCAAAUUAGCAAGGAAGUAGAGGAGUAUUUGGAGGCUGUUGCUCCACUCCUAGAAGAAGCUGCCGGAUUCAAGUUCCCAGUUUCAUACCGUCCUCCUCCAAAAGAGAUAUCCACCGCAGCAGCUGAAGGUUUUGAGCAAUUUGACUCAAGAAUGCCGACUUUGAACCGUGUUAUGGACGCCUUGAGAAGUGCUAGUGUUGACAAGAUAGGCAUCUGUGGGCUGCCUGGGGUGGGCAAGACCAUGUUAGCCAAAGAGGUUGCUAGACAAGCCGAGGAUGAGCGGUUAUUUGAUGUGAUAGUUAUGGCUUCUGUGAAAAAGAAUCCAGACUUGAAGAAAAUUCAAGGAGAAAUUGCAGAUAAAUUAGGUCUACAGCUCCACGGGGAGACUGAAUUUGGGAGGGCCUAUCAACUAAAGGCGUAUUUGAAUAAAAAGAAGAAGAUUCUUGUGAUUUUAGAUGAUAUCUGGGCGAGGCUAGAUUUGGAUCAACUCGGAAUUCCAUAUGAAGACAAAAAGAGUAAGGCAAGUUCAAUUGGAGAAGAAAAGAUGCAAUGCAAGAUUCUCCACACAUCUAGAGAUCUCGAUGUUCUAUCUUGUGACAUGGGCACUCAUGAAAACAUCCAAGUUGGUACGAGGCCAGAUUUGGAUCAACUUAGAAUUCCAUUUGAAGGCAAAAAGAACGAGGCAAGUUCAACUAGAGAAGUAAAGAUGCAAUGCAAGAUUCUCCUUACAUCUAGAGAUCUUAAUGUUUUAUCUUGUGACAUGGGUACCCAAGAAAACAUCCAAGUUGGUACGUUACAAGAUGAAGAAGCAUGGACGCUUGUGAAGAAAAUAGUAGGUGAAGAAGUUGAAAAUUCUGAGUUACUGCUUACGGCAAAGGAGAUAGUGGAAAAAUGUGCUGGGCUGCCACUGGCUGUCGAAGCAGUUGCAAAAGCUUUGAAAGGUAAGGGUGCUCAUGUAUGGAGGGAUGCUCUACUACAACUGAAAAGGCCCUCUCAAGACAGCUUCACGGGGAUACCUGCAAAUGUUUAUUCAGCAAUAGAAUUGAGUUACAAUCAUCUAGAAGGAAAAGAGCUCCAGCAAACUUUCUUGCUUUGCUGCUUGUUGGGACACAAUUCUUCUAUUGAAGACUUGCUAAUGUAUGGAAUCGGCUUAGACUUAUUUCGUAAUGUCAAGACAACAGGAGAAGCUCGAGACAGGGUACUAACAUUGGUUAGCAAUCUAAAGUCCUCUUCUUUGCUGCUUGAUGGUCUUACCAAUAGUGGCUUUGAUAUGCACGAUAUUGUACAUGAUGUUGCCAUAUCAAUUGCCUUAAGGGACCACCAUCUGUUAUCAUUAAUAGAAGACCAUAUACCAAAAGAGUUGUCAGAUAGGGAGGCAUUGGAAGAUUUCAAAUGGAUUUGUCUACAAUAUACUAAUAUUAGGGAUCUUCCUGAUGAGUUGGAAUGUCCACAGCUUAUCUUGUUUUUUUUGCGCGGCAACAAUUCUUCUAUGAAAAUUCCAGAAAACUUUUUUCGGGGAACACAAAAACUCAGAGUCUUGGAUUUCACUAAUAUGCAUUUCUCAUCCUUGCCUUCAUCAAUCUUCCUCCUAAAAAACCUUCAUACCUUACAUGUGAAUGGAAGUGUUCUAGAAGACAUAGCUAUUAUUGGAAAACUGACGAGUUUGGAAGUCCUUAGCCUUUCAGGAUGUGCUAUUGAAGAGGUGCCAGCAGAAAUUGGACAACUAACCCAGCUAAAGCUCUUAGAUUUGAGUGAUUGUACCAAACUCAAAAUGAUUCGACCACAUGUCCUGGCAAGUUUGUCCAAACUAGAAGAGCUGUAUCUGAGAAAUAGCUUCGAUCAAUGGGAUGUUGGGCAAGAAGGAAAUCAAAGAAAUGCUAGCCUUGCUGAAUUGAAAGAUAUGCAUAACCUGGCUGCUUUAGAUGUACAUGUUUGUGAUGUCCAGCAAAUUCCAAAAGACUUGUUCUUUGAUAGAUUGAAAAGAUACAAGAUCUUCAUCGGAGAGGUGUGGAAUCGCUGGGAUAGUUCCUUCAAAAGCUCAAAACUAUUAAAGCUGGAGCUGAAUACGAGCAAUAGUUAUAGUUAUUCAAUUGAUAUGCUGUUGAAGAAAACAGAAGAACUACAUCUAGAGGUGUUGAUGGGUUUCAAGAAUGUAGUUUAUGAGUUAGAACCUGCGGGUUUUCAGGAACUGAAGUAUCUUCAUGUCAAAAAUGCUCCAGAGGUUCAACAUAUUGUUAACCGGGUGGGGUGUGUAUUUCCACUCUUGGAAGAACUUUUUCUGCAGAAUUUGAAUAAUUUGGUGAAGAUAUGUCAUGGCCGGCUCGGAGGAACAUCUUUUAGCAGAUUAAGCACUAUAACUGUUAAAUCUUGUAAUCAGUUGAAAAAUUUGUUCUCAUUCUCUGUAGCUAGACAACUUCACAAACUCAAAGAAAUUAGAGUGAUGGAGUGUAGCAAUAUGACAGAGAUUGUUGGUGAGGAGUUGCAAGGGGUCAUGGAAAUGGCAGAAGCAAGUGCAACUUUUGAGCUUGUCCAACUACGGUCCUUGCAAUUGCAAUAUUUGCCGAAGUUCAUUAGACUAUGCCAUGGAAAUGAGGAAACAAAUGAUCCAAGCACGAACUCGGCACCACUUUUUGAUGAAAAGAUUGUCUUUCCAAACCUGGAGGAGUUACAAUUGUCCUGUAUUAACAUUAAGAGUAUAUGGGGCAGCCAGCUUUCAAUUGCAUCUUCUUGCAUUCAGAUUCUGACAAAAUUGAUCAUUGAGGGCUGUGAUCAUUUGGAACACCUAUUGUCAUCCUCCAUGGCUAAAAGUCUUGUGAAGCUCAGAUGCCUUGAAAUAAAGAAAUGCAAGGAGAUAAGGGAGAUAAUUGAACCAGAGAAUGCAGAGGAUAUGGAAGAUAUGAUUUCAUUCCCAAUGUUAGAAAUCCUAAAGAUAGAACAUCUUGAAAAGCAUACUGGAUUCUGCUCCGGAAAUUGUAGUGUUGAAUUCCCAGCCUUAAAGCAAAUGUUUAUCGAGCACUGUCCAGAAUUGAAGGGUUUCACAGUCAAUCAUGCGAGCACAGAUAUGACAGGUGGACUAGAACCCCUUUUUAAUGAGAAGGUUUCGUUUCCCAGCUUGGAAAAUUUAUGCCUCCAAGGAUUGGAAUUGAGGAUCAUAUGGCACCACCAGCUUCCUGCAAAUUCUUACUGCAAACUAAAAUCAUUGGACAUCGGGAGUUGUUACAAAUUAUCAACUAUUUUUUCAUCCGAUCUACCGAAGAGAUUAUGCGCAUCACUAGAACGGUUGGAUGUAUAUCGUUGUGGUGUAGAACAGAUAUUCGAAAUUGGAGAAGUGAAGGUCGAUGGUGUAACACAUACCCAGUUCAGACAUGUCCAUCUUUGUCAGCUACCAAGACUGAAGCAUGUGUGUACCAGGGAUCCUCGUGGUACUCUUACUUUCCAAAAAUUGCAGUCUGUGAAAGUUCAUAAUUGUCCGAACCUCCAAAAUUUGUUCCAAACUUCAGUGGCUAUGGAACUACAGCAACUUGAAAUGUUGGAGUUAACCCGUUGCGGGAUAGAGGAAGUUGUAGCAUUUGGAGAUGGAGAUGAAGCAGUUCCCACUUUUGUGUUUUCUUGUUUAUCUACUCUUAGCCUGUGGAAUCUAAAAAGACUCAAAUGUUUCUACCCACGGAAACAUGUGACAGAGUGGCCAAUGUUAAAAAACUUUAGCGGGUAUCAUUUAAAAGGAAUUAAGGAAACAAAUGUGAAAAGCCUUGGUGCAUUUCCGGUUCAACUACCGCUUUUCACCGUGGAGAAGGUGAUUCCUAGAUUGGAGAAGCUAUCAUUAACAAGUGAUGACAUUGCAAUGAUAUGUACUCGCCAAUUUCCAGAAGACUUCUUCUCCAAUGUUAAAGCUCUUCGUGUUCUCUGCUACCGCAGUGAAUCGACGGUUUUUCCAUUCUUCUUCGUUGAGAGAUUCUUCAAUUUAGAGAAGCUUUUUAUAGGUUGUUCUUCUUUCAAGGAGUUGUUCCCUUCUAUAGGAUCCAUUGAUUGUCAGGGGAAAGAUGCAAGAUGGCAUUUACGUAUUAGAAAGUUGAAGCUGGAUACACUAUUUAAACUGAAAUACAUAUGGAGUCAAGGUUCAGCAUCAGAUCUACUUGUUCAAAAUGUUGAAUCUCUUAAAGUGCUGGGAUGUGAUAAUUUGAUUAGCUUAUCAGAAUCUACACCAUCGUUCCAAAAUCUCACGAAGUUGUUGAUAGUAAGAUGUCAAGGGUUAAAAAACUUAAUUUCAUUUGCAACAGCCCAAAGUCUGGUGCAACUCCAACGUCUCACUGUAGAAAAUUGCCACUUUCUGACAGAAAUAGUUGGAGGCGAAGGAGAUGGAUUAGAUUCAGAAGAUGUGAUUGCUUUCAGCAAAUUAAAAGUUUUGAAACUCAAGUGCUUAACAAGACUUGCAAGCUUCUGUUCUUCAAAUUUCACAUUCAAGUUCCCAUUGUUGGAAGAAGUAAUGGUGGCUCAUUGUGUCAACUUUGAGACCUUCUGUCACGGAGUUGUGGAGACUCAAAGCCUGCAGAGAAUACAAUUAACACAGGAAGACAAAAUAGGGCGUCCAGUGGUUGAACUGAAUGGCACCAUAAAUCAACUGUACAAAGAAAAGGUUGGAUUUGCUGGGUUAACACAUUUGAAGCUCUCAGAGUUUCCUCAGUUGAUGGAAAUAUGGAACAAGAAUCCUCAACAAUCCUUGGAUUUCAGACUGCUUUGUUCCCUCGAAAUUUGUAAUUGUGGUAACUUGAGAUACCUCUUAACUCCUUCCAUGGCAUUGAGCCUUGUUGUUCUCGAAGUGUUGCAAGUACAAAACUGCAAAAUGAUUGAGCAAAUAAUAACAGGAGAGGAGGCUAUAGAGGUAGCAAAAAAUAAGAUGAUAUUCCGACUGCUACAGACCAUUAUUCUGCAGUCAUGUUUCAACUUAGAAAGCUUCUGUUUGGGAAGUUAUGGACUUGAGUUUCCAUCGUUGUUUGUGAUGAAUAUAAUCGACUGUCCAAAGAUGGCCACAUUUGCUUCACCAUUUUCAACGGUGCAAUUGAAGAAGGCAGUUGAUGGAGGAAUUAGAGAAAGGAUUGGCAAGGAUACUGAUAUCCCUUCCGAGCCCUUUUUCAGUGAUGAGGUUGCAUUUCCCUUGUUGGAAGAAUUGAGAAUGGCUGGAUUGGAGAACUUGAGGAUCAUAUGGCACCACCAACCUCAUGCAGAUUCAUUCUGCAAACUAAAAUCGUUGGUUAUUGAAAAUUGUGGGAAAUUAUUGACUAUUUUUUCAUCUGAUAUACUUGGAAGAUUAUGCAAAUCACUAGAGGUGUUGAUGGUCCGUUCUUGUAGCAGUCUAGAAGAGAUAUUUGAACUUGGAGAAGUAAACAUUGAAGAGUCACACUCACAUGGUGUACUGGACACCUUGUUAAGAAAACUGACUAUUUCGAAUCUACCAAGAUUAAGGCAUGUGUGGACCAAAGAUCCCCAAGGUAUUCUCAGUUUUCGGAACUUGCAGUCUGUACGUGCUCUGCGUUGUCCGAACCUCCAAAAUAUGUUUCCAGCUUCGGUGGCUAUGGAGUUUCAGCAACUUAAAGAGUUGAAUUUAGAAAGUUGCGGGAUAGAGGAAGUCGUAGCAUUCGGAGGAGAAGAAGCAGUUCCUAGAUUUGUGUUUUCUUGUUUAUCUACUCUUUACCUGUGGAAUCUACCAAGACUCAUAUGCUUCUACCCAAGGAAACAUCUGACAGAGUGGCCUAUGUUGAAAAAGUUUCGAGGGUAUCAUUUUGAAGGAAUUAAGGAAACAAAUGCGAAGAGCCUUGGUGCAUUUCCGGUUCAACUACCGCUUUUCAUUGUGGAGAAGGUCAUUCCUAGAUUGGAGAGGCUAUCAUUAACAAGGGAUGACAUUGCAAUGAUAUGUAAUUGCCAAUUUCCAAAAGACCUCUUCUCCCAUGUUAAAGGUCUUCGUGUUCUCUGCUACCACAGUGCAUCGGCGGUUUUUCCAUUCUUCUUCAUUGAAAGAUUUUUCAAUUUAGAAAAGCUUUUUAUAGGUUGUUCUAAUUUCAAGGAGUUGUUCCCUUCUAUAGCAUCCAUUGAUUGGCAGGAGAAAGAUGCAAGAUGGCAUUUACGUAUUAGAAAGUUGAAGCUGGAUGCACUUCGUAAUCUGAAGUAUAUAUGGAGUCAAGGCUCAGCAUCAGAUCUACUUGUUCAAAAUGUUGAAUCUCUUAAAGUGCUGCAAUGUGAUAAAUUGAUUAGCUUAUCAGAAUCUACACCACCUUUCCGAAAUCUCACCACUUUGUUGGUAAAAAAAUGUCAAGGGUUAAGAAAUUUAUUUUCAAUUGCAACUGCCCAAAAUCUGGUGCAACUCCAAAGUAUCACCGUAGAAAAUUGCCACUUUCUGACAGAAAUAGUUGGAGGAGAAGGAGAUGGAUUAGAUUUUGAAGAUGUGAUUGUUUUCAGCAAAUUAAAAGUUUUGAAACUCAAGUUCUUAACAAGACUUGCAAGCUUCUGUUCUGCAAAUUUCACACCCGAGUUCCCAUUGUUGGAAGAAGUGAUGGUGGCUCAAUGUGCCAACUUUGAGACCUUCUGUCACGGAGUGGUGAGGACUCCAAGACUGCAGAUAAUACGAUUAACACAAGAAGAUGUUGUAGGGCGUCCGGUGGUUGAGCUGAAUAGUACCAUAAAUCAAUUGUACAAAGAAAAGGUUGGUUUCUCUGGGUUACAAUAUUUGAAGCUCACAGACUUUCCUCAGUUGGUGGAAAUAUGGAACAAGAAUCCACAAGAGAUCUUAGAUUUCAAACAACUUUGUGUCCUCGAAAUUUGUAAUUGUAGUGACUUGAAAUAUCUCUUAACACCUUCCAUGGCCUCGAGUCUCGUUUCCCUCAUAGAGAUGAAAGUGAAAAGCUGUGAAAUGAUGGAGCAAAUCAUCAUAGAAGAGGAAGGUACGGAGGUAGAUGAAAAAGAGAUAAUAUUCCCACUGUUAAAAACCAUUAAUUUGGAAUCUUGUCCCAACUUGACAAGUUUCUGUGUGGGAAAUUAUAAACUUGAGUGUCCAUCAUUGUCAAGGAUGAAAUUACUUAACGGUCCAAAGAUGGUUACAUUUGCCUCAACAUUUUCAAAGGUGCAAGUGAAAGGAGCAGCAGAAGGAGGAAGUGCAGAAAGGAUUGGAAAGGAGGUCAUUGAUAUCCCUAUUGCACCCUUUUUCAGUGACCAGGUCUGUUUCUUCACCUAGAAUUGUUGGUUUCACAUUUUCUCGACUUUUGAUCCACUUGUGCAGCCUAGAUUAUCUUAUUCUACUUCUACCAUCCACAUAAACAUUCUUAUGGUUA